AUGGUUAUUGUUGGUGUCUGGAAGCGAAGGCUUGACUUUGAUGAUGAAAGCCGAAAAGAGCCAAAACGGGAAGCUCAAAGCGGUUCUGGUGGUACAUCUACAGCUGACUCCAGAAACGUGAAUAAUUCAAGAUACAACAGACACAAUGAGGAAAGUAGGCCUAGGGAAAGGUCUACGGGGGAAAGGGGUUCUGGUAAUGGCGGCAGCGACAGGGGAGGCUCUUCUGGAGGUCUUAACACUGCCGUGCAUCCUCUUCUUCGAGACCUAGCUUCUGUUCCUCAGGCAGCCAAACAAGGUCCUAAACGCCAGAGAAAACCACGAAGCAUAUUUGACCCUGCUUCGCUUAAUCCUUAUCUCAAUCAGGGAGACGUUUCUGGUCAAUCACAUAAGCCCAGACCGCUUCAGCUUAAUCCACAAGGGAAAUACGUUGCUCAGGGCGAACAACUACGAGAAAGACUAAAGAAGGAGAAGGAAGAGGAAGAGUACCAGCGCCAGCUUGCACUGAAGAAUCUUCUACCAGAUGAAAACCUCGGGGAACAGCUUUAUAAACCGCAGUGGCCGCCAUUGAUCGAGUCUUGGGAUAGACCUUACCUUCAAACACGGCUGUAUGAUGACUUUAAAGGUGAGUUUGUCUACGAUGAUGAAGAAGCGCCAGUUUCCAUUUACGUACAACAUCCUGUGCCCGUUCUGGUUCACAGACCGGAAGUAGAACUGGCAUUGCAUCUUACCAAGAAAGAACUCAAACGGAAGCGUCUUAAACUAUCCAAUUUAAUGAAUGUCCUCACCAACGAGGCAAUCAAAGACCCUACUGGUGUGGAGAUGAAAGUGAGAGAGCAAGUCGAGGAAAGACACAGGCAGCACAUGAAAGCCAACGAAGAAAGGCAAUUGACGCCAGAGCAGCGGCACGAAAAGACCAAAGAAAGGCACGAGCGGGACUUGGGCCGAGGCGUCUUCACCACCGUCUACCGAAUCGAUUCCCUUGAGAAUGGUCAGCACCAGUACAAGGUUGAUGUCAAUGCCAAACAAAUGGACCUCUACGGCAUGGUUCUCUACAACCCUCGGUUCAACUUGGUCAUUCUUUCACUCAUUACUUUAGGUAGCGUGGUUGCCAUUGCCUGCUGGCCUCAGCAGAAAAAGGCUAAGGAGGAGGUUAUCAAGCAAACCACCGAAGGCCCUAAGCCAGGCGACCAGGACGAAUUAUACGCGUUCCAGAAGAUCAUCAACGACUUCACCAAGGACGAGAAAUAA